AUGACCUGGCGCAGGCAGCGCAACAAAAGACCUCGCUCACCCUCUCCUAGCAUCCACACACGUGUCAUACCCAUCGCAUCCGGGUCCUUGACCUUCGACGCCCCUUUCGACGGAGCCAUACAACGUGUCUCAGUGGACAGUCGAAGAACUUUCACGGAAUCAGUUACCGUCCUCCCUCCUUCACCUUUAAAACGACUUCGAAUCAAUCAGGCUUCUCAGGCUGCGCCUCACACCAGGCCUAUCAUCGACAUUCACCUUGAUGCCUAUAACAUGGGCACUGGAGACGACAAUUGGACAGAAGACGCAGAAGAGCCACCAGUAGGCCUUGCAGCGAUAGUGCCCCAGGUGCUACGACCUGCUGUAUGUCAUUAUAACCCGUUUCUUCCCUCAUGGCUGAUGUCUUUUGUAGGAUUCGGGCGCUACGGGACUGGAUGCAGCACUAUCGCGACGACUACCUCAGAAUAUUACUUUGGUGACAUGGCAGGGGUGACUUCAUGGACUUUUGCUGUGUUUGCGGGGGAGGAAACCCGUCCUAUCGUUAGCCACCGACGAAAUCCUUUUCAUACCAUUGAGCUCUGGAAUGGCGCUUACUUCGAGACUUGCUCACUGAAGAGCAUUGGACUUCGCGUUCAGAUGGGCCAUCCACCUUCUCAAGACUGCGACCGACCCAUUCCAGCUCGCAACGACUUCCUCGUUCUGCACUACAACGGCAUUAAAGACAUUGCUGUCGACUACUGUGGCUGUCGCAGAACCUCAGACCCGUAUUACGCCCAAUUAUUACGGGCCGGUCUAUACCCCUCCACGACCGACACCCCAAGGACAUGCGCAACGCUGGAAUGCUUGGAACUUUACCAUACUCUUACUCUUCACGGCAAAAUCACUGGCUGGGACUUCUAUCGCUUGCUAGAAACCCAAACCAAUGCCAUUGGAAUCAAGCCACCCGAUCGAUAUCAAGUCUUUCUUCGGAUGGCUUGUCAAUACCGUCAUCUCCUUUCUCUCAAACGCGGCGGUCGUGGAUACGAUGCAAGGGGAGUAUUGGGUACAACACCAGGCGAGCUGGCGGUACUUUGCCCUGCUUGUCCCCGUCCAGGCGUUAACCUGCCGGAUGACUGGCAAAACGCUCCUCCAGCGCAAGCUGGCUUGUAUGUCUUUUUUCUGGCUAUGGACGCCUGCUUUCGACUUAAGCGGCGCGCAAUCUCCAACGAGAUCAGAGAUCCAGCCCUCAGCAACGGAUGGGCAUAUAUGGUCGAAUGGGAGCCUUACAAGGAUUACUUGCUCAAGGUCGGUGACCAGAAAGAGAUAAGUACCUGUACUGGAUUGGCUGCCCUUGACUAUGCCAAUUCGAAGUUUUCGCGGGGCUACAGUGCAACUGGAGUCGGCAUGGGAGUCUGCGCUCGACAUGAAUUCGUUCAACCUAAUGGAGUCGGUGAUCUUCAAGCUGGGGAGCGAUACGGAAACAUGGACUAUAUAUUCGGCUCAAUCCUACGCCACUUACAUCCCUUACUUCGCAAACUCAUCUCCUACGAUAUCGCUUGCCAAUGGUGGAAAAACCUAUAUGACCGACUACGAAAACUGCCUACAAUGCUUCGCCUGCUCUUAGUCCUCGAAGUUUUCAUGAAACUCUUCGUCUUCGUUGUGCCCAAACUACAUAUUCUGGGACACACGACGGCGUGUCAACUCUUGUAUUCCCUCAAUUAUACCCUUGGAGGAGGCCAGACGGACCGGGAGGGGAUCGAGCGCCCAUGGAGUAUGAUUGGCGGAAUCGCAGCAAGUACAAGGGUCAGUGGACCUGGCGCAAGAUCCGAUCUGCUCGAUGACCAUUGGAGUUUUUGGAACUGGUCGAAAUUGCUUGGGCUGCCGACUCUCCUUCGCAAACGUCUCGAUACAGCCUUACACGAACAAGCUAUCCAGCAAAAGGCUUUCGAAGAGUUCUCCUUAGAUCAAGCCGAACGAGUACCCAGUUGGAAAGCAAUGGUGCAUGAGUUUGAAGCAGACGGUACAAAGCCCAAUCCAUAUGAGGGCAAGGUUGAGGGUCUUACUGAAGCGCAAGUGCGAGAGAAGUUAGAAGCGGAGGAGGAGACCCAAACCUCAUCCGGGAGGAGACUACGCAUCCACGAAAUCACCCCAGUCAAUUUCGUGACUGAUUUACUCGAGGUCGAGAACGUCCGAGUGGCUGGUCUGGCUGAGCUCAAAAAAGCAAAAUCCACGACAAUGAAGAUCAAUCUCCGUAGUCUUCGUCGAGGCCUCAACAAAAGAAUCGCCAAAGUUCGUCAAUUGCAAUCGACAUAUAUGCCCGCGUCGCUGCUGCAGCUCAAAGAUAUCGAGGCCUCGGAGGACACUUUGCUGGAAGAUAUUCCUUUAUUACCUCCCUCGGCGCUGACGCGACAGCAGCGCGAAAACGGAGGCUGUCUGGAUGGGCUCGUUGAGAUCGAGAAGGACAUGCGAGAGGCUCAGUGUCGAGCCGCUCUUGUGGGGUUGCGCAACCAACUACUCGUCAAGUAUCGGCUUUUGCUUUACAAGACUCAUCACUCGCAGAACCAGACGAUGAACACUCGCUCAAGAUCGCUAGUCGCGCGCAAUGAGAACAAAGUCUUGUUCUACUCGAAGAAAUAUCAGGCCGCGUGGCUGGCUUUGGUCUUGAUAGCGGAAGGAAUCGAAGGAAAUGUGGGCUGGAAGCGGCUUCUCAAAGAGGAUAUCCGCUGCCUCGAAGACUCUGAAGAGUUAGUCAAGAAGCAAAUGAAAGCAAAGAAAGCGGAGGUUCGCCGUGCGCGGGAUGAGCGAGAGUUACGGGCGGCUGGGAUAACUCCCUUGAAUAUACAUCGUGUGCAGGAGGGCGAGGGCGAUACCAAUGACACCGAUAAUGAGGACAUCUCAGCGAUUUCGGCCCCUUCAAAGCGGCAUUCAAAAAGCAAGAAAAUGCCUGCUCCGAAGGGUACUGCCAUUCAAUCUGGUGAAAGUCGGAGGGUUGUGUCGUGGAUCUGGACCACGGCAGGCAUGACAGGUUCUGACGCGGAACUUUACGAAUCAAGUGGGCCAAGGCGUACGCUCGAAGUGCGACGAUGGAACGAAGAGGUCACCCUCUUGAACGAGGAAUGGCGUCGUCUGCCGGAGUCUUUUGCUCAUGAGGAGCGCAUUUGGGCGGAGAGGGCGCAGAAGGUGCCGGUGGGUGCCCUUCCGACGGCAGACGCCGAAGGGAUGAUUGCCUAUGCUGCAAAGCAUACCGUCAUGUAUCGGAGCCUAGCACUCAGAGCCGAGACAACCCGUACCGAGGCCAAGCUCAAAAAGGGUGCUCGUCGAGCCAGAGUUCCCGACGCGCUACACAAUGCUUGGAUGGGAAUAGCGGCGGAAGCGGGUGAUACACGGGUGGCCGAGACAAUGGAGGUGGACAUAGACGGUGCGAUUGAGCGAGACGAGGAGGAUGCUGAGCAUGGGAAUAUCAGUGACGAAGAGCUAUUAUUAACGGGCGAAAUUGAUGAUUGGUAA